UACGUCCUUUUAUAUAUUUCUAUAUUCAUCAUGAAGUUGACAGCAGAGUUACUUGCCAACAGUUUAUCACACAUCAACCCUCUUGGAGAACGUGAGCUUGUACUUCGAGACUUAAAGAUACCUGUGAUUGAAAAUCUUGGUGCAUCCAAGGAUCUCAAUGACACGAUUGAUUUUACAAACAAUGACUUGCGCGUUCUUGGCAACUUUCCUCGUUUAAAUCGUUUACAACAUUUGCUUUUGAACAAUAACCGUAUCAGCAAAAUUGAAAGUGGAUUGAAUAACUAUGUGCCCAAUCUGCAAACCAUUAUAUUGACCAACAAUUCUAUUACUGAAUUAGGCGAUUUGGCACCUCUUGUCGAGUGUAAGAAACUCACGCAUCUGAGUGUGUUGGACAAUCCUGUCACCAAGAAGCAAUACUAUCGUCUCUAUGUGAUUCAUAAAUUACCUCAGUUACGAGUACUGGACUUUAACAAGGUCAAAUUGACUGAAAGAAAAGAAGCAGCUGCUAUGUUUACUAAGGAUGGGGUAGAGAACGAUUUGGCUCGAUCUAUUGCAGACAACAAAACAAAGACAUUUGAGCCUGGAGAAGGACUUGCUAAAGAACAACAAGGCCAUGGAUUGACACCUGAAGAACAAUUGAAGAUCAAGGAGGCACUUAAACAAGCAACAUCACUUGAUGAAAUUUCAAGAUUAGAACGUUUAUUAAAGGCAGGUCAUGUUCCUGCAAGCAAAUAA